AUGCUCACCAGGAUAGACAACAACUCUAACUCGCUUGCACAGGCCAAAGACGUAUGGAUAACAGAAGCGAAUAUCGCCUCCCGCGUCAUGCGCAAUCGGAUGUGUAUAACUCUGACAAAAUCCACCAGCCUGCCCAAGGAUCACGGAGUCAUGGCGCUUCUACUCUUGACAGGAGCGAUUCCCUUAUUGUCCGCGAUACCUUUAAGCCUCGGCCUAUUCGCCCCCAGUGCCAAAAAUCCUCUCAUUGAUCUCCCCGGGCCACAUGUCACUCUUGACUACGGCGACUUUCAAGGCGCUUCGAGCGGCGGAGUUGAUAGCUUCUACGGCAUUCCAUUUGCUGAACCUCCACUUGGAAAUCGACGACUUACCAAUCCGAUUCCACCUCUUGGCCAAUAUCCCAAUUUCGACGCUACGGGACCACCGCCCGCCUGCCCACAACAAUCCAUAACGGGCGGAGGAAACAUCUUCAAUGAUGCUAUUGGCUUGGGAGCCGACAUUCUCGACAAAUUGCCGUUCUACGCGCCGGGCAUCGGAGGUCACGAGGAUUGCUUAACACUCGAUGUUCUUGUUCCGAAAAACACCCAGCCCACAGAUCGGCUUCCAGUGAUGUUCUGGAUAUUCCCUGGCGAUUUUACUACCGGUUAUUCUUCCCUUUUAAGAGGAAACAGUUUAGUUGAGAAAAGUGUACAGAUGGGUCAGCCUGUUAUCUUUGUGGCCCCAAAUUAUCGUCUCAACGCCUUUGGAUUUUUAGGUGGACGCGAGGUCGGGGAAGCUGGGGUUGGAAAUCUCGGCCUCAAAGAUCAGCGCUUGGCCAUGAAGUGGGUUCAAAAAUACAUUUCUGAAUUCGGAGGCGAUCCAUCCAAAGUCACAAUAUUUGGCGAAUCGUCCGGAGCGAUCGCGGUCUCAUACCAUCUUCUCAUCAACAAUGGUGAUAACGAAGGUCUUUUUCGCGCUGCGAUCUGUGAAUCCGGUUCAGCCUUCCCGGUAGAAACUUUAUCUUCUGGCGCGGGUCAACCAAUUUAUGACAAAAUUGUCAAUUAUACCGGAUGUGCAUCUUCAUCAAAUUCCCUAGACUGCUUACGUGCAGUAGAAUAUGAACAUUUAUUUGCAGCUGUGAACCGGAUCCCAGGAUUAUUCUCGUCUGGAUCAUUUCCUUCGCCUUUCUCACCCUUCAUCGAUGGUAAGACCACCUUUUAG